UCACACACAGUCUCACACACGCGCGCGCGCACACAAACGCACACACGCACGCAUGAGCGCGCGCACGGACGGACGGAGAACGAGGGACAGAGGAACAGUCCGGGUGUCAGGAUCUCCGCCACGCACUUCUAUGUGAGCUCCUUCGGGAUUUACAACUUCUCUUUGUUUCUCGGAUUUUUUCCUGCUCCGUUUCAGCGUCGCACGAGACUGCGGAGCCUGCUUUUAAAACUCUGCCACUGACAGAAACGGAGGGUGAGCUCGUGCGCAAGCAAACGGACCGGUAAAGUUCAGGCGAUUUUAUCGGAAAUAUGCCGGAUUCAUGAAGACGGGAUUUUAAAAAAAAAAAAAAAAAAAAACAUUUUUAAUCCCGAGUUAGAAUGGAUUGAAAUGUCCGAUGUAUUUUUUCUGUUAUAAAGUAAACUACAGGCGAUUUUAAUUCUGCAGUGUGUGAAUUCUACUAUGAGUCUUGAAUGCGUUUAAGUGCAGAACUGUACACGGUUCAGAUAACUGGAGGCAUUCAUGGUGAGAAAAAGAAAGACUGAAGAGAAUAUAUAUUUGGGGGUAAGGAGGAGAGAUCGCUUCUCCACCGCAAAUCUACUGUAGUUGAAGCGCGCACGCUGAGAAAACUGGAGGCAGCACCAACGGAAAGGGAAAACGCUUUAUUGUUUCAGCAAACUGUUGAUGAAAAUAACUUUACAUAUAUUUUUUUUUUAUCCCAAAAACGUUAAUUAGAGACAGGGCGCGAUGAGGAAUACUGGCACGACGGACUGUUUGUGCUACUGCUUUCUGCUACUGCAGCUGCUGACUCAGCCUGCGGCCAAGCAAGUGCUGCGCUACCGCCUGGCUGAGGAAGGUCCCGCCGAUGUGCGCGUUGGGAACGUGGCUGCCGACCUCGGCAUCGUCGCCGGCUCCGGGGAUGUGACUUUCACCCUUGAGUCUGGCUCUGAGUACUUCAAGAUCGACAACAUCACCGGCGAUUUGAGCACCAACGAGCGGCGCAUUGACCGCGAGAAGCUGCAGCAGUGUCAGAUGAUAUUCGACGAGAAUGAGUGCUUUAUAGACUUCGAGGUGUCCGUGAUCGGGCCCGCACAGAGCUGGGUAGACCUAUUCGAGGGCAAGGUCAUCAUUUUGGACAUAAACGACAACACACCGUCUUUCCCGUCGCCUGUGCUCACUCUGUCCGUGGAGGAAAAUAGGCCAAUCGGCACGCUUUAUCUCUUGCCCACGGCCACUGACAGGGAUUUCGGCAGAAACGGGAUAGAGAGGUACGAGUUGAUUCAGGACAGCGGAGAAAGCUCUGUGCGCCGGAUAGGCUCUGGAGGCUCUACUAAUGUCGACUCACAUAUGGGCAAAAGAAGAUUUGCCGAAGGCGCGAGUCGGAGUAGUGUGUUUGAACUUCAGGUCGCUGAUACUACAGAUGGAGAGAAACAGCCGCAGCUGAUUAUUAAAGGCGCACUGGAUAGAGAGCAGCGCGACUCUUAUGAGCUGACUCUGCGCGUCAGGGAUGGCGGCGACCCUCCACGCUCCUCUCAAGCCAUCCUCAGAGUGAUGAUUACAGAUGUGAAUGACAACAGCCCGCGUUUUGAGAAGAGCGUGUAUGAGGCAGACCUACCUGAGAACAGCUCCCCUGGCGCCCCCAUCCUCCAGCUUAGGGCAAUGGAUGCUGAUGUUGGGGUUAAUGGCCAGAUUGAAUAUGUUUUCGGGGCAGCCACUGAGUCAGUGCGGCAACUGCUGCGGUUAGACGAGAGCACAGGCUGGCUUAGUGUAUUACAUAGGAUUGAUCGUGAGGAAGUAAGUCAACUGCGAUUCACGGUCAUGGCCCGUGACCGUGGUCAGCCUCCUAAGACAGACAAGGCAACGAUGAUUAUCAAUAUCAAAGAUGAAAAUGACAACGUCCCAAAUAUCGACAUAAGAAAAAUUGGACGCAUUUACCUAAGAGAUGGUGUGGCAAAUGUAGCAGAGGACGUAGUGGUAGACACACCUAUUGCACUAGUACAAGUGUCUGAUCGUGACAAGGGACCGAAUGGUAUCGUGACAUGCACCGUGGUUGGUGAUGUGCCCUUCCAACUAAAGCCUGCGAGUGAGAUAGAGGGUGACAUGAACAAAAAGAAAUAUUUCCUGCACACGUCAGCACCACUUGACUAUGAAGCCGUCCAGGAGUAUAACGUCGUCAUAGUUGCUGUGGAUUCAGGCAGCCCCAGUCUGUCUGCAAAUAACUCAUUAAUCGUGAAAGUUGGCGACAUGAAUGACAAUCCACCUAUCUUUAGCAAAAGCACAAUGGAGGUCUCAUUUCCAGAGAACAAUGCUCCUGGUGAACGUGUACUGAAUGUAGUGGCCUUGGAUGCAGACAGUGGUAAAAAUGCAGAAAUCGCAUACUCACUGGACUCCUCUGUGAAUGGAAUAUUUUCCGUUGACCCAGACAGUGGUGACAUUCGUGUUAACACAAUACUUGAUAGAGAGCAAACAGAGCGCUAUGAGUUCAAAGUAAUCGCCAAAGACAAAGGUGUGCCUGUUUUACAGGGCUCAGCUACAGUGGUGGUACUGGUGGCAGACAAGAACGACAAUGAACCGAAAUUUAUGCAGGAUGUUUUUACUUUCUAUAUAAAGGAGAACCUGCAACCCAACAGCCCCGUAGGCAUGGUAACAGUAAUGGAUGCAGACAAGGGACAUAAUGCUGAGAUGAGCCUCUACAUUGAGGAAGAGGAAGAAAUUUUCUCCAUUGAGAACAACACAGGAACCAUAUUUUCUACUGUAGCAUUUGACCGUGAACAGAAAACCACCUACUCGUUCCGUGUUAAGGCUGUUGAUGGUGGGGACCCAUCCCGAUCAGCCACGGCCACCGUCUCACUUUUUAUCAUGGACGAAAAUGAUAACCCACCAACAGUCACAUUUCCCCUUAACAGCUCCUAUACUCUUUUACCUCCAUCCAGCAGUAUGAAAACAGUUGUCCGAACAGUUAUAGCUACCGAUACUGACACAGGCAUCAACGCUGACCUCAGGUACAGCAUAGUAGGAGGCAAUCCCUUCAGGUUAUUUGAGAUUGACGCUGCCACUGGAGUUAUUUUAUUAGUUAGUAAGCUAGAGCAGAAACACUACGGCCUUCACCGCCUUGUAGUGCAAGUUAAUGACAGUGGGGUUCCUUCACAGAGCACCACCACACUAGUGCAUAUCUAUGUCAAUGAAACAGUCUCCAAUGCCACCAUAGUCGAAGCUAAAAUCGCCAAGAGCCUCGGUACACCCCUUAAUGCUGAUAUUGCCGGAGACCCCAACUAUGACCUGGGCAAGCAGCGUUUAAGCAUUGCUAUCGGAGUGGUGUCUGGCAUCAUGACUGUCAUCCUCAUCAUCCUCAUUGUGGUCAUGGCCCGCUACUGCAGGCCCAAGAACAAGAAUGGGUAUGAGGCUGGUAAAAAAGACCAUGAGGACUUCUUCACCCCACAGCAGCAUGACAAGAACAAGAAACCCAAAAAAGACAAGAACAAAAGGAAGUCUAAGCAGCCUCUCUACAGCAGUAUUGUCACAGUCGAAGCAUCAAAGCCUAAUGGACAGCGCUAUGAUGGCAUCAAUGAGAAACUCUCUGACAGCCCUGGAAUGGGGCGUUAUCGCUCUGUUAAUGGUGGGCCUGGAAGCCCAGACCUUGCCCGCCACUACAAGUCCAGCUCACCUCUACCUACAGUUCAGCUUCAUCCACAGUCACCCACAGCAGGGAAAAAACACCAGGCUGUUCAGGAUCUGCCACCGGCCAACACCUUUGUCGGCACCGGAGAUAACAUAUCCAUUGGAUCUGACCACUGCUCUGAGUACAGCAGCCAAACCCUCAACAAGUACAACAAGCAGCCAUUCCGCCGAGUGACGUUCUCGGUGGUGAGCCAGCCCCAGGACCCUCACCAGGGCUCUCUGCAGAGCUGCUACGACAGUGGCCUUGACGAAUCGGAGACGCCGAGCAGCAAGAGCUCCACAGGCCCCCGGCUGGGAGCCCUCCCCCUCCCUGAGGAUGCCUAUGAGAGGACCACGCCGGAUGGCAGUGUCGGUGAGGCAGAGCAUAUGGAAAAUGACUCUCGGCCCCUGCCGGAUGUAGCCAUGACGGGGAAGUGUACGCGCGAGUGUGACGAGUACGGCCACUCAGACGCCUGCUGGAUGCCGGUGCACACUUCACCCGAGCGCAGGCCCAAAGCCACCCCUCCCAAACUCUCCACCUUCAACUCGAGCUCAGCCGGGUGCAGCGGUGCUGAACCAGCCACAAGCUCCGAUCCACUCACCAUGGCCAACGGAGAGCCCUCGCACCUGCUUGGAGACCGCAACCGCAAUCUUCUCAACAAGAAAAUGGCCUCCUCCUCUUCCUCCUCCUCAGCCUACGAUGCUUUUGGCUCGGCCACCUUCUCUGCUAGUGAUGAAACGUCUCGGCCUGUUGAAGAGAUUCCACUGGCCCCCACAGGCGAAUAUAAACCCACACAAUGCGGGACGCUCACCAGGCGCGAGGUUUACCUGUGAAUGUCCCAGUGAACGAGUCACGACUCACUAUUCGAUCCAACAAUGACUCUUCAGCGAUUUCAGAGACGCUCUUAGCGCCAAAGCCUGGUAUGAAAUGUAUGCUUGUUUGAUAUAAGCAGUGAGUAAAAGACAUAAAAGCAUGGCUAACAGUUUUGUACAUGUGGAGGAGACAGAGGAGGAGGAGAGAAAGGCAGAGGUGGAGAGAGAGGGAUGCUGGUGGAUGAGUCCUGUGUCAUUUUGCUGCUAGCAUUCUGGGCCCUCUUACUUUUCCCAAAGUGCUGCCUGGUUGUGUAGAAUUCAUCAUAAGCAUGCAUGCAAAAUCUAGCCCUUAAUGACUUGGACUAUACUUCUUAGGACUUUUAUUGUUAUUUUUCAGUCAUUUUUCUAAUUAAUGCUAAAUAGAUGGCAGGAGGCAAGACUGGUGCUGUUUUAUUUUUUAUUUGUAAUCUUUAAUUCAUGUUCAUGUUUCUGUACAGGAUUGGAAUUGAAGAGAUUUUUUUUUUUAGUUUUGAUUAUUGUAUACUUAUGCAAUCUGUCCAAGCAUUGGACUAGUUACACUGGACAACCAUAGCAUUCAAAGAGACACCAAAAACAACAAAACUAGCCUAACAUGGACAAGAACUGAUGGGCGUAACAUUAAUCAGUGAUGACAAUGGGAGGCAAAGCAAAACCAUUCAGAAAACAGCUGGAGGACAUCCUUAUGUACUAGUUACAUUUCCAGUGACUGUAACCUUUACAAUGGGUCUGUAGAUAUAUAACGGUGGCAUACAAGCUGUAAAUGGUGAACUUACACUACAAGAAGCAAGUUUACCUGUGUGCCUAUCUGCUUUUCACAAAUACACACACACGCACAUACAGACACUCAAACACACUCACAGGAUCUUAUGUGGGUCACAAGUUGUACAUAAAUACGCUAAACAUAUUCGGGACACAUGCUUUACACCUAAGCUGUCAACUCACCAAACGCUCCGCCCCCCGCCCUUUCUCUGUACACUGCUGCAUUGUGGGAGCUGUUGACAUUUCUUGGGUCGCCUGUUACUGCUGUAAUUCCACGAACAUAGGCAACUCUAGGAGUUCUUGACCUGAUCUAUGCCGUUUUUCUUUUUUGUUGUCUAAGACUUAAACUGAAGCCCUUAGUGACCUAUGGCACACAAUAAAUUACACAUGCACAGAAAAACACAUGGCACCUUACAUACACAUAUAGGACCUAACUGGCUAUUAGGAUCUCUCGUUAGAUAAAUGACUAGCUACCAGGGAAAUGAUUAAGAUGACUUGGUCCUACGUACCACAUGCUUGGGCUGGUCCUGUAUAACAUUCUCAAAGUAUGAGUGUUAAAUUGAGCAAUAAACCCAAGGGAUGUAGUAGUAUUUGUACUUAAUCACACCUACCUAAAGUAGCGAAGACACACCUGAAAUGGCUCAUCCCCUAAUCAAAUCAGUGAAUACUGAAUACAAUUACACUGAGGGCAUGAGGAUCCACCAGCUAAAUAGAUUUGUACAAUCAAAACAGGUAUCUUUACGAUGUCAUUGGUCUAAACGAGCACUUGCGGCCAUGCAAAAACGAAUGUCGCCAUUAAAAAAAACCAAAGUCCUGGGAAGAACAUGACAUGGUAUUUGGUAUAAAGAGGAGGCAAACUGAAAAUCUGGUUGUAUGUUGGUUUAAAUACAUUCACGUUUAACUGUAGAGACUGAGGCUAGAGGAACAGCCGUUAGAUGAUGUCCUUUCUGAAACACACCCAAACUCUUCAGUACACACACGCUCCCAUGUUAAGGUCCUGUGUUCAAAAAUCCAUGAAGUAACCCAAGUUUGUGGUUGAGAGUAUGCUUUUAAGGAUUCAAAUCCUGCCUGUAAAACUGGGUGACAAUAAUCAGAUGCAAUGGAAUUACUCUUUUGUAUGUUGGAGAACCCUAAGUCUGAACGGACUGCACUUUUUUUCCCCUGCAGCCUGAAUCUAUAGUCUGUGUGUUCUACUUGUUGUUAAAAGAAGUGCUCUGAUGCUUAUCCACUGUAUACAGAAAUAUGUACUUUUUAAUUGCACGUUUAAAGGGAUUCUACUUCACAUACAAUGAAGGCAAAAAAAAAAAAGAAAAAAAAAUGGAAAUGGAUUAAAAAAAAAAACUCUUAC